GCUCUCUGUCCCGCUGGAGGUGUGAUGUUGAUCUGUGACUCCGGUGUGUGUGGAGACGAGCAGAAUCAUUGAUGGCUGGAUGUAGGGGUCCGAUGGUGUGUUAAAGGCGCCAUGGGGAGCUGCUGUAGCUGUCCCGAUAAAGAGAUCAUCCCUGACAACCAUCACAACAAAUUCAAGGUGAUAAACGUGGAUGAUGACGGUAAUGAGCUGGGCUCGGGUGUGAUGGAGUUGACGGAGGAAGAGCUCAUUCUGCACACGCGCAAACGAGACGCCGUGAAGUGGCCCUACCUCUGCCUGCGCCGCUAUGGCUACGACUCCAACCUCUUCUCCUUCGAGAGCGGCCGGCGCUGCCAAACCGGUCAAGGGAUAUUUGCGUUCAAGUGCGCGCGGGCCGAGGACAUCUUUAACAUGCUGCAGGACAUCAUGCACAACAACAGCAUCAGUGUGGUGGAGGAGCCGGUGCUGGAGCCCGAGCUUCCAGUGAUGCCUCACACUCCCACCACUCCUGGUUACUCCGUCCCGACGGUAGCCAAUGGGAUCGGUCGCUACCCGUCAUUCGGCGACGCCUCCUCGCGGCCGUCCAGCCGUCACCCUUCAGUGGGCAGCACUCAUAUACACAGUACACACAUAUUACUAAUAAAUAUUCAGCAGGUGCACACUUACGUCAACACGACGGGUCUACAAGAGGAGCGGCGCUCUCGCGGCUGUGGCCAUGCCCCUCUCGAGCUCCGGACGUCCAAUCCAGAGAGCGCAGCCCCAGCAUCGCCCAAUGAGCUGGAGCCACGCGUGCUUCUGGAGCUGGAGGCUGUGAAGUUUGUUUUAGGCCCCACGCCUAUCCAGAGACUGCUCCAGGAGAGACCGCAAGAGCUGGGCGAGCAGGACACGGGAGCGGUGGGCCCAAGUACUGACGCCGCUUCUCCCGCAAAAACUGUAAACGGCGGCACGGACUGCGACACGGGUCGCUUACCGUCAGUAGGGGAGGAGUCCACACACCAUAACGGUGGAACCGGAGCGAGACGCAACAGACCUCCCGUUCCACUCCCAGACGCCCACAACGCUAACAACUCAGCCCAGCGGCGGACUGUGCUGCUCAACUACGAGAACCUGCCGGUGCUGCCGCCCGUUUGGGAGACCCGCAAACCCAACAGCGAGGCGGAGGACGAGGAGGAACUCAAAUCUCCGUCUCUGAACGGCUUCCACUCCCUCGAUCACAACUACGUGAACACGGAGAACGUCACGGUGCCACUCAGCGCACACAAACUCCACAGCACUCAGCCCACCGUAUUCAACUUCGACUUCCGCAGGCUCGGCCAGCUCAACUACAUCGAGGUGGAGAUGGACAAAAUGUCGGACUCCAGCGGGCCGCACACCCCCAAAACGCCCACCACGCCCCUGCCGCCCACCCCCACACGCCGGACGGAGCUGUACGCCGUCAUCGACAUCGAGCGCACCGCCGCCAUGUCCAGCCUGCAGAAAGCACAGCCGCGGGACGACGGCACAUCCAGGAAAACACGACACAACAGUACUGACCUGCCCAUGUGACCCAAUGUUUAUCUCUCCAAAACACGUCUAGGUCACAUUUCACUACUGAAUAUAAACACAUAAAUCAUUAUAUUCCAAAUUAAGCCUGUUUUAUACAUGCAAACUCAAAAUAAUUACAAUUUUUCACCAGUCUCACCAAAGCUGCAUUUAUUUGAACAA